AUGAUUUUAGGUGUGAUCCUAACUGCUGGAACAGCUUGUCAUAUUUUUGGUGGAGUAGUGGCAAUUUACCCGUAUGGACUUGGAUUUUUUAUACCAAUGAGUAUUGGAACUAUAUUGAUUACUAUGGGUUCUGUAGUUGUUCCUAUUACAAUUUCUGCUGCAAUUCCGACACAUAUAGCACAAAUACUACAGGCUGUUGCUGAAGAAUCAGCGAAAUAUUCAUCGAGAUCUUCAAUGCCGUGUAGUUGGAGAUUAGGUACUUCAAGAAAUUGUGGUGGACCAUAUGGAAAUCAACUAACAUAUAAUUUAAUCAUUGAUAUUGGUCGUUCUCUUCCAGCAGAAACUGUCAAUCAAAUACAUUAUUCAAGUAAAGUUGCACCUGCACCAAUGUCGGUUUCUGAACAACAAGAUAAUUAUGCACCUCCUGCUUAUUGUAUUCCAGUUGCAACAGUUUGUUCACAAUGUAAUGCAUUACGACAAGAUCUUUCAGCUAAAUUCUGUUCAACUUGUGGACAUCUAUUUGAUAGAUAUUGA